AGGUAAAGCGGCCCACACCAAAAAGUCGAAGGCAAAUCGCGCCUCUGAUCGUCGACCAAGUCCUUGACCACGCUGAUAGUGACAACGGUCAGAAUGUCUCGUUUCUUCCACGCCGGUGACAGCUCCAGUGAGAGCAGCUCUUCCGAUGAGGAGGAGCUGUACAGCGAAGAGGAGGAACAGUCUGAGGAAGAAUCUAGCGAAGAAGAAGAAGGCUCCGAAGUCUCGUCCGAGUCUGAAUCCGAUGAUGGCCGGACGGGGGCAGCUCGAUUCAUGCGAGACGUUUCCGACAGCGAGGAAAGUGAAGAUGAGGAUAAAGUUACGAUCGUGAAGAGUGCAAAGGAUAAAAGGCUUGAGGAGUUGGAGGGAACUGUCCGUCUUAUUGACAAUGCGAAGAAGAUUAAUGAUUGGGCAGUGAUCUCUACUGAAUUCGAUAAGAUGAAUCGUCAGAUUCCUAAGCUCCUUCAAUCUGGCCCAAUUCCUAGGCUGUACAUCAAGUCUAUCGCCGACCUCGAGGAUUUCUUGAACGAGACGUUGGCGACACAGAAGGUUUCAACCAAAAAGAUGAAUGCUACGAAUGCUAGGGGUCUCAAUGCCGUGAAGCAACGUAUCAAGAAGAACAACAAAGAUUAUGCCAAGGAAAUUGACAGCUAUCGUUCCGAUAAGGACGGAUAUAUGCUUCCCGAGGAUGAGGAACAGGCGACCCCAGCCGAGAAGACGCGGAAGCCCAAGGCGACUUUUGUGCCUGGGGAAGAUGUUGGUGAUGAGGAAGGAUUCUCUACCGUCGGCAGAGGAGGAAAAACCCUACAAUACACCCCGGAAAGCAUUCUUAAACACCUCCGUAUUAUCGUCGAAUCUCGGGGUAAAAAGAACACCGACCGUUUGGAUCAGAUCCGGGUCAUGGAGAAGCUCUUUGAAGUCGCUCAGACUACCUACCAGAAGAUCAGGGUUCUCUUGACCCUGAUAUCGACACGCUUUGAUCUCAGCACAGGGGGUACGUCUUACAUGUCUCAGGAGCAAUGGAAAUCGGCGGAGCGCGAAUUUGGUGUUCUCUUGCAAGAGUUGGAAUCUAACCCAACUUAUGUCGUGUUGGAAAACGCCGAAGAAUGGGAGGACGACGACAAGCAGCCCCAACCGGCUGCAGGCGAGAGAUUUCGCGUUCCUGGCAGCAUAGUCUCCUGCGUCGAAAGACUUGACGAUGAGCUCACCCGCUCCCUCCAACAGAUCGACCCCCAUACCGCGGAAUAUGUCGAGCGAUUGGCCGAUGAGAAUGUUCUUCACGCUGUCAUUGUUCGCGCACUGCUUUAUAUUGAGUCUGUGCAAAAGGACCCCAAGCUGCAGGUCCCUCAAGAGAGUCUCAAUCGCAUCGUAAUGCGAAGAUUGGAACAUGUUUACUUCAAGCCUUCCCAAGUUGUGACUAUCUUGGAAGAGAACACCUGGAAAUCUAUCCCAGAAAACAUCGACUCCACGAUUGCCAACCGCGAGACGGGCGAGGAUACAGGUGCUCUUGUUCGAGCGCUUUCCACCUACCUUUUCGCGCAUAGUGAAGGUAUUAUCCGUGCUAGGGCGAUGCUGUGUCAGGUCUACUUCCUUGCUCUUCACGACAAGUAUUACCAAGCUCGAGAUAUGCUUCUGAUGUCUCACCUGCAAGAGACCAUUGGAAGCUUUGAUAUUAACACCCAAAUACUCUUCAACCGCACGCUCGUCCAAGUGGGCCUUUGCGCUUUCCGCGCUGGUCUUAUUUAUGAGGCUCAGACAUCCCUUCAGGAAAUUUGUGGCAGUGGCAGACAGAAGGAACUUCUGGCUCAGGGUGUCCAGAUGCAGCGGUACUCUCAGGUGUCGCCCGAGCAAGAGCGCUUGGAGAGACAACGACAGCUGCCUUUCCACAUGCAUAUUAACUUAGAACUUCUUGAGUGCGUCUACUUGACAUCAUCCAUGCUGCUGGAGAUUCCUCUUCUCGCACAGACUGGCUCCUCCCCCGACAUUAGGAAGCGCAUCAUCAGUAAGACCUACAGACGCAUGUUGGAGUAUCACGAGCGCCAGAUCUUCACUGGACCUCCGGAGAAUACUCGCGACCACGUCAUGCAGGCCUCAAAAGCUCUUGCUGCCGGCGAGUGGAAAAAGUCCUCGGAAUUUAUCCACUCGAUCAAGAUUUGGGAGCUCAUGUCCAACCCUGAGGCUAUCAAGAAUAUGCUUUCAGAGCAAAUUCAGGAAGAAGGCCUUCGGACUUACUUGUUCACUUACGCUCCGUUUUACGAUACACUCUCUAUCAGUGAACUUGCGUCUAUGUUCGAACUUCCAGAACGCAAAGUGGCGGCCGUUGUCAGUAAAAUGAUCUCCCACGAGGAGCUGGCGGCUGCUUUGGAUCAGGUCAACAGCGCCAUCGUUUUCAGAAAAGGUGUCGAGCUAUCUCGUCUGCAGAGCCUUGCUUUGACUUUGAGUGACAAGGCAAGCUCUUUGAUCGAGUCGAAUGAGCGCACAUUAGAGCAGCGGACACAGGGCACAGCAAAUGCUUUUGAGCGUGGCGGCGGUGCCGGCGGUAGGGGUGGUCGUGGGGGAGCGCGUGGUGGCCGAGGCCCCAGGACAGAUGGUCGUGGUUUGCAGGGUGGACAAGGCCGGCGGCCUGGUGGAGGGCAAUUCACUGGUGGUGCUCUAGGGGGCGCUAUCAAAGCCUAGUUUCAUGUCUUUCUUCUUGUUUCAAUAAUGCCUGGCUAUAAUUUUCUAAACUUCGGCGCUCUCUAUGCUUUACAUGGGUCGAGGAUGUAGGAAUAAAAAUUGCCUCUAUCGAGCGGCUUCGUGUAUAAAAGUAGGUGACCAAUAAGUGGUCUCUUCAUCUUGUAAAUCAAUCCAGACCAGGGAGUCCGCCAG